GGAGCAUGGCGCGGGAGCUGAGCCAGGAGGCUGUGUUGGACUUCCUCUGGGCUGCUGGGGGCCGAGCCCCCAACGCGGCGCUGCUCCGCCACUUCCAGGGCUUCCUCCGCGACCCGGCGCUGACGGACGCGCAGCGUGGGGAGCGCCGCGAGCGGUUCAAGCGCCUGGUCAAUGCCGUGGCCACCGUGCAACCCGCGGCCGCCGGCACCUCCAAGGACAUCGUGCUCCGUCGCAGGUACCGCGACCUCCUCGACGAGGAGCUGCCGCCGCAGGAAGAAGAGCCGGAGGAGAAGAAGGAGGAGGAGGAGAAGAAGCCGUCCCCGCCGCCCCGCUGCGAUCCGUGCCGGCGGCGCGACCCCCCGGGGAAGGGGCGGGCGGGCGGGGGGCAGCCCGGCGGAGAGGCCGCCGCUGCGGGCUGCGCUGCCCGGGGCCGCGGUGGGCUCUGUCUCGAGUGCCGCCGGGCGCUCCGCGAUGCCGCCGCCGCCGCCGCCGCCGCCCCGCCGCCCCCCUAUCGGAACCUCCAGGGGCCGCCCCCGUACCGGGCGCCGCAGCCGCCCUCCGCCGGACCGUCCCCGUCCCCGUCCCGGUGCCCGCAGCGGCCGCCGCAUCCCGUCGGGUCUGCCUCUGUCGGGUCCCUGCCACCGCCUGGCCCCAGAGGGCUACUCCCAGCCCGGUCCCCGCUGCUGUCAGCGGGCCCCAGGAUGCCGCCCCUCAGCGGGCCGCCUCGAGCCCGGUCCCCACAGCCGUCCCUCCCGGAGCCAUCCCCUGCCCAGUCCCUGCGGCUGCUCUCAGCCCCAGAGAUGCCGCCCCUGUCGCAGUCUCGGUCCCUGCAGACGCUCACUGCCGGACACAGCCCGUCCCCGUCACUGCUUUUAUCAGGCCCGGAUGCGCUCUCCCUGCCCCUGUCCAGGUCCCUUCAGACGCUCUCCACCAGGCUCCCCCCAUCCUCACGAGAGGGGCCCAAGGUACGGACCCCCAACGGCCCAGCGCGACCUCGAGCCACGCUGCUGCACACGGCAGGGCCGCCCUCACCCCCAGCCCUGCCGCCGCCAGCAGGCCCCGGGGGGCUGUCCCCGUGCUCCCGGGCCCCUCCUGCCAGUCCACGCCUAUCCCGGUCUGUGCUGCCAGCAUCGGACCCCCAGGAGGCACCGGCUAGCAUCCCCCCAGCUCCAAUACCUGUCUUCCGCAGCAUCAGGUGCCAACUUGCUCAGCUGGAGGUGUCGGAUGACAGAGGGAGACUCCGUGCACUGCCCCAGAGGCGCCCGUCCCUGCACGUCCCAAACCGGGGGCCCACAGUGCCACUGGGUCGGCGGGAGCACGCUUGGCUGGUGGCGGUGUCAGCGGGGCGCUGGGCCCACGUGCGGGGACUUUUCCUGGAGGAGCCAGAGCUGGCCCUGCAGCGGGACUUCGUGUCGGGCUUCACGGUGCUGCACUGGCUGGCCAAGCACGGUGAUGGGACAGGCCUGCAGGAACUGGCCGAAGCAGCACGCCAGGCUGGGCUGGCGUUGGACGUGGACGCUCGGUCGGGCUGCGGGUACACUCCGCUGCACCUGGCUGCCAUACAUGGCCACACGCUCGUCAUCAAGGUGUUGGUGCUGCAGCUGGGCUGCCAGGUACAGGUGCGGGAUGGCAGCGGGCGCCGGCCCUGGGAGUACCUGGGCAGCAGCACCUCCGGGGAGAUCUGGCAGCUCCUGCAGGCUCCCCGGGGCACGAUUAUGUUCCCCACGCAGCCCCUGGCCUGUAGUGUGUCCUCAGCCAGCAAGGCUCCGCUGCCUGCAGGCAGGGCACCGCUGGCUGCGUGCCUUAAGCCACAGCGCGGCCGCCGGGGAGCAUCCCACCAAGCCGGCAGUGACAGCGACUGACGGACAGCAGCACGCAUCCCCUGCUCAGGAGACUGGAUCUAAGGGGAAGGCAGGUGGGCAGGAAAAGCUGCAAAUCCAACUGAACUUCUUGAAGAAUGUACUCUUAAAUUAUUGCAAUGAAACGUUGUCUGAAUGUC